AGUGAGCAGUAAUGGACUGCAACAAUAACAGUAGCUGCGGCGAACAGUAGCUGAAUGUGUCGCAUGAGUGUGUUUGUGGAAAGAGUUUGUGCCGAGCUGAAGCGCUGAGUGUCAGUGUAGUCCUGGUUAAAAUGACCCCGAGCAGAUGACUCAUCAGUGGCUUGGACAUCUGUGAUCUGACAGGAGAUGAGGCUUGCUCAGUUUGUCAAACUUGUGAUUGAUUGUAGCAGUUGCUUCUAGACAACACCUACAUGGACACCAAACUGUAGUGAAUCAUGAUUGCUGCUUCUUGCACGUCGCACUCUCUGAAAAAAACAGCUACAUAAAUAAUAUUUUACUUUAUUUUGAAUGGAUUUCAGUUAACAGCCAGUGCUUACAAUGUCACUGGGCGAGCAGUCUCAAAAGUGGUUUCCAACCCAUGUCCAAGCCACUGUUCUUCAAGCAACUGGUUUACAACCCAAAGGUAAAAAUGGCACCAAUGAUGCCUACACUAUCAUCCAGCUGGGCAAGGAGAAGUACUCAACAUCAGUGGCAGAGAAGACACUUAACCCUGUGUGGAGAGAAGAAGCCUCCUUCGAAUUGCCUGGCCUACUUUUGGAGGGCAACCCAGAAGUGUAUGAACUCUGCCUUAUAGUGAUGCAUCGCUCUUUGGUUGGGAUGGACAAGUUUCUGGGUCAGAGGUGCAUCAAUCUUAAUGAAAUAUUUGAUAACAAGGAGAGAAAGAAAACUGACUGGUAUUCCUUGGAGUCCAAGCCCGGGAAGAAGAGGAAAGAACGAGGUCGCAUUCAAGUGAGCAUUCAGUUCAUGAGGAACAACAUGACAGCCAGCAUGUUUGACCUCUCCAUGAAGGAAAAGCCCCGCUCACCUUUUUCCAAACUUAAGGACAAAGUGAAGGGUCGCAAACACGAGAGCGGCUUCGGUGACACUUCUUCGGCCAUCUUGCCUCGCUCCGCUGUGUGUGACUCGGAGCCCAGCCGUCAGUCCGUCGCACCAGAACCGCAAUCCCAGCCUGAAGCAAAGGUGAAGAGACCACUGCUGGCCGGGGCCCAUAAACUCUCUGCAGCACAUUCCAUGUCAGAUCUCAUUGGGACCCACUUUCGACCCAAACUGGAUUCCAUGAACUCCAUAGAAGAGAGCGGAAGUACAGGUGGCCCUCACAGGCGUUCCCAGAGCGAGGUGCCAGGCUUCCAGGACGGCGAAGCACACGGUGACCCUUUCACUGAUAUCACUGACACCCUGCCACAGAAGUAUGCCACGCUCCCACGCAAUCGCAACCCAUUUGAGGGGGAGCACGGGCAGCUGUGGGACCGACCAGAGCGGAAGGAGAAAAAGGAGAAGGUCAGCUUACUGGAACGCGUGACAGGAAAGAAGGAAGGCCGCAAGACCAACAACGGGGGGCGUUCGGGGAGCUCCGGAGACCUGCGGUCCCCCAACCCGUUUAGUGGAGACUCACAAGCAGACACUAACCCAUUCAGCUCCAACUACAAAGCCAGUGACAAAAAACCAACAGGACCUGACAUCACCUUUGGUCAGAAGAAGAAGGACAAGAAAAUUGCGGCGACGCAGGAAAGUGUGGCCGCCUACAGCAACUUGUCUUUUGAGGAGGUUGUGCAGGAACUCAUCAAACAGAAAGAAGUGGUGAAAAAGAAAGAUGCCCACAUCAGGGAGCUGGAAGACUACAUUGAUAACCUACUCGUACGCGUCAUGGAGGAGACGCCAAGCAUUCUACGGACACCCUACGAGCCAAAAAAGAAGGCAGGCAAAAUUUCCAAAAAGUAGAAAAAAGACCCAGGAUGAAAAGGUACUAAUGAAGGUUCAGCAAUAGCUCAUGUAUCAAUAUCAGGUGGCAAAAUAAGUGGGAACAAAUGGGACUCAUUAAUUACUGUGGAGUUAUUAGAGCAUUUUUAUUCAGUGAUUAUAAUUUUUAUAGGCUUUUACAUAUUUUUUUUUAAGAUCAUACAGUUUUUGCAGUUUUCUUAUAACUGCGUUACAAUUUCUUCAUGAGUACUUCUUGGAGUGUAUUCUUAGGUACCUCAACAGGAAAAAGUCAGCUGAUUUAAGUCAAGUCUAUUCACACCAACUACAUUUAGCUGUGCUGUACUUGUCAACCCACAGAGGUCUGUUGCACACACAGUUGCCAUCAUCUGCCGAGAAGCUCUUACAGCCUAAAUGCUGCCAAAUUCAUGUUUACCAGAUGCUUUAGUCACAGUUAUGUGCUGUUUGCUGAAAUAUGGUCAAGGGGUUUAUGAAGCUGUAGGUACUGUAAUUACAAUCAAGUGCAAGUCAAAAACUUGCCGCUUAAACUGCGGUACACGUCGCAGCAUCAGCUUUUUUCCCCAGGCCUCCUCCGGGCUGCAGAUGUGUUUGCAUUCAGCUUGAGUGAUGGAUUUUCUUAGAAACACUGGAAGAUAUUUAGGGUAAGAAGUCGCUAGACAGUUCCUGGAAGUCUUGUCUGUCUCUAGCUUACUGAGGUGUGCACC